AGUGAACUCUGUUGGUUGGCUAUCUUGUCCGAUCAAGCCAUAAAGGAAUUAUUUGUCAAUGACUGUUUGAUGUGUUUGGUGUCUGUGACUGCGCAUGGUGAUUUGUAAAUAAUGUAAUCAUGAAAAGUACCGAAGAAAAAUUGCUGCUGCGAAGAAGAGGUGGGGGAAGUGUAAUUGAACGUUCUCCCGUAUUUUCUUCAGAUGCAGAGAUACUGUAUGUUGUAUGUGGUUCUGUUGUUCGAGCGUACGGUGUCAGGACUGGCGAACUGAUUACUGAGUAUGAAAAAUUGAAGGGGAAAAUUGUAGGUGUUCAGCUUCAUCCAAUCAAUCCUGAUGUUAUAGUAGCCUGUUCUGAAAAUGGAGAGCUUAUUCAAUGGAACUGUGGCUCAAGACUACCAAGCAGUAUAAUGGGUCUCAAAUUUAAUAAUGCACAAACUGCUACUGUGACUGGCUUCCAUUUGCUGCCACCAAAUCCCCAAGAAAGUGAAACCAAUAAGUGCAUUGUAUGUGUCGUGUGGAAGAAGGCUAACAAUGAUGUAUCUCAGCUGUCAACAUUCUGCAGUCAGACAGGAAGUUUUCUACUCAACAUGAAGUUCCGAUUGGAUGAUCAUGCACAUAAUGUUGCCUUUGGAGGUAGACCAGGGGGAGAGUAUGUAGCAGGGAUUCACAAAAAUGUGUUACAGUUCUCUGAUGCUGUUGAAUGGAAGGAAUGUGACAAGCAGUAUAUUGGUGGAGGACGAUGGUUCACAUGUGUGGCAUGUCACCCAGAGGAACGCUGCAUUGCCACAGGGGACAACACAGGGCGCGUUCUUAUUUGGUGGAACCUGCUCACUUCAGGAAAGCCAACAUGGGCUGUGUAUCAUUGGCAUGCAUUGCCUGUCCAAGCCAUAACUUUCUCACAAGCAGGAAGUCAUUUCUACAGUGGAGCAGGAGAAUGUGUGCUUGUGAAGUGGACUCUGGACAAACCUUUGGAUAGAAAGUUUCUUCCGCGGUUACCUACUCCAAUUUGUCAUCUGUCGAUGGGCCCAGACAAUAAAUACUUGGCUGUAUCUACCAGCGACAAUGGUAUUCAGAUUCUUGAUCCGCAGCUGAAACUGAUCAGCAUGAUCCAGCACUUCACAUGGCAGGUUGAAGCCAAGCAUGGCUUACCACUGUUCCCAGCGGGGAUUACUGUGGAUCCACGCACCAAGGCAAUGGUGUUGAAUGGAAGGACUGGUCAUGUCCAGUUCUAUUCACCUCGCAGCACGACCCUCCUGUACAAUAUGGACAUCACAGGGAUGAAUUACCUCACUCAGGAGCGUAAUGAUGUGAUCGUGAAUACAGAUGUUACUAAAGUAUCUCUGAAUUGCAAUGGACACUGGAUGGCUACAGUGGAACAGCGCGAUGAUGGAGAAACUAAUAUGGAGGUCCGCCUUAAAUUCUGGCAUUAUGACAAUGUGAAACAAAGUUUCUCUUUGAACACAUCUGUGGAGCUGCCUCACCAGGGAGGAGUCACAGCAUUAGCAUUCCAACCAUCUCCAGAUCCACAGCAACAGUUGGCAGUAACUGCUGGCAGAGAUUUCAGAUUUCGCAUUUGGGGCCUUGUAGAGUCUACCAACAUUUACAAGAAAGGAAUUAUGGUCUGGAGGUGUGAAAGUGUGGGCUUCUUCAGAAAUCUGCCAGCUAGAGAUAUAAGCUUUUCUGCUGAUGGCUCCCUCAUGGCUGUAACAUUUGGUCCUACGCUCACUUUAUGGGUGCCAGAAACCAAUCAACUCAAGUGUAGUCUCACUGAUAUACACUCUCAGACAAACCUCAGCCAUGUGGAGUUUGGAAUGGUGGACUGUAGUCACCUGGUAGUAACGGGCAGCCCGGUGAAUAUUAAUGUGUGGAAUUUGCUGACAUUGUCUCUUAUCUGGAGGGUUCCUGUUCAUGUCAACAUACUAACAGCUGAUCCAUGUUCAGAAUUCAUGGCAGUAUUCACAUCCAGUAAUGACUUGUUUGUAUUCUCUCCGAGAUGCUCGAAACCGGUGUACAUGCAAGAGGCCAUUGUUCCUGUUAACUGCUCUCUCUUGUGUGCUGCAUUUGUCCCCCAUUUUGGUUUAGAGAGGACAUCUGGAAUUUCAUGGCAAGAGCAUUCACAACUUUACUUUCUGGACUCUAGUCAGGAGUUGCUGACAUUAGAGAGACCUUGUGAAGAUGCAAAUGAAAAGGAAGGACUAGCUUUGCCAAUUUCAUCUCUUCAGCCAGCUACAUUUUUCAGCACAUUCUUGGCUAAACAUAGGACUUCAGACGUGGAGAAACUGCGUGUUAACACCGAGCAACAACUUGGAGUUCCAGGUGCUACUGCCCUCAGAGAGUUGCUGAGCGCUCCAGCCCACACAAUGCCGCCAGUAAGUCUACUGUGUGGUCCACUUCUCCACUCACUUGUAGCUUCUGACGUCAAGCAAACAGCAGGAAAGAAAACAACUUUAAAACAUGAAGAGAUGUCUGAAGCAAGUAGAAUGGAGACAGAAGAUUCAGAGGUAGACAGUGAAGAUGGGGCAUCUGGAAUUGAACUGAUGAAACCAAAGGAAUUAAAAGUUGAAUCUUGCAAACUUCCAGUGAUUGAUUCCACAAGGACUGUAAGUGCAGCAGAUGUGGAGUCUAGGCUUGUGUCUGUCUUGAAAGAGGAUGUUGACUGGACAUUACUGCUGGUACAGUGACCACAGUGAGCGCUCUGCUGUACGCAGACAGCUGGCACCUACAGACAGCCAAUCUCACUCUUAACAAAAAAUUGUGAUUUCGUUUUGUAAAAUAUAUUUCGAUAUAGAGACGGUUUAAA